UGAGUGCACGUUUUGGCAAUCUUAUUUUAUCGAAGUUUUUUUUUCUUCCUCUACACUUUUUGUUUUUCAGAAAGAUGCCGAAACCUUUGUGAUGAGGUUUCAAAAACAGUCCUUUACCAAACAUCAGCGUUUCCAUUUUUUCAUUAUGUCUCUUUUGCUCUUCCAUUUGUUUCUUAGCAGCGCUUGCUUUAUUUAUUGCUUUAGCGCUUUUAUUUUUCCAGCAGCUCCUCCUGCAAGUGAACCUACUGCACUAAGACCAGCAAAAAGUGGAAUAAGUGCUGGAAGAAAGCCACCUACUUUGCUAGCAAUAGACAAUAUACGUGGAACACUAACUUUACUUUUCCCACCAUUUUUCUUUACAUGCUCACGAGCAAUCUUCAACGCCGAUUUAAUCAUUGAGCGAGAGUCAUUGCUAGGAAUGAUUGAUUUGGCUGUUGACUUGAUUAAAUUUUUUCAUCGUAAUCCUUUUCUUUGAAAUCGUUUUCUUGCGUUUGAGAGAUCUACCUCCUCCAACACCCAUACCAAGCUUUGAUUUUAACUUCAUAGUAUUUGCUACUGCGAAAGCUGCCGCUCUUUCGUUCAAACCAGCGUCACUAGAUUUCACUCUUUUCCACGCCUUCUCUGCUAAAAUUUUAUCAGCUGCGUUUCUCUCUUGAAUGUUAUCAGGAUUUUUCGAGUAGGCAAUGCCGUGUUCCUUACAAGCAGCGUCUAGAGGAUUGAUUCCUGGAUUACCUCGAGCUAGACGGUUAGUAAGCUUUGUACCUGGACCACAGUACUGAUAACCAGACACGUGAAGUUCAACAGGUCAGUCGUGAUAUGAAAUAGAAGCAUGAUGGAUCUUAAGAAGCAGUCAGCAAAGUUUCCAGUGAUUAAUUUCGAUCUUUUGACACAGCAACAACAGCAGAAAGAACCAAGUCAUGGAAAAUUAUUACCUAGCAGUAUAAGAGCAGUAUUUUGUGGUCCAUCCAAUUGUGGUAAAACUAACGCUCUCUUAUCUCUAAUCAUUCAUCCGAAUGGUCUGAGAUUUGAAAAUAUUUACGUCUACUCAAAAUCUCUGAAUCAGCCAAAAUAUGAAUUUUUACAGCAACUUGUUACACCUCUAAAAGGUAUUGAAUACUUGCCUUUCGGUGAACACGAUCUUGUCGUAUCACCUGAUGAAGCUCGACCCAAUUCAAUUUUUGUCUUUGAUGAUAUCGCCUGUGAAAAACAGGAUAAUGUCAAAGCUUUUUACUGUAUGGGUAGACAUAAAAGUGUGGAUUGCUUUUACUUGUGUCAGUCAUAUGCACAAGUACCGAAACAUUUAGUGCGUGACAACGUCAAUUUGUUAGUAAUUUUUCGUCAAGAUGAUAUGAAUUUGAAACAUGUUUACAACGAUCACGUUAAUACAUAUAAUACAUAUAAUAAUAGUCGUCAUCGAACAAUAGGAAUGAAGCCUGUAGAAGUGAAUAGAGACAAAGUUAAUCACAUUCUUAAUCGAAUUAGAAAGCUGAACAGUAGAAAUCUGUUUAAGCGAGCUAAAUUUAAAAUUGGUGAUAAAGUUCGUGUGAGUAGAAACAAGGAGGUUUUCGACAAAGGCUAUACACCCAAUUGGUCAACCGAAGUAUUUACAAUAACCCGAGUUUCAUCUACGAAGCCCUACACUUAUCAUCUAAAGGACUAUCAAGACAAGCCAAUAGCUGGAGGAUUCUAUGGGGGAGAACUUCUCAAAACUAAAUAUUCAGAUAUCUAUUUGAUUGAGAAAGUUUUGAAAAAAAGUGGUGUGGUAGAGUUUAUGUAAAAUGGCUAGGUUUUGACAAUACUCACAA